CCAAAUAAAUACUACCUCUGACUCUCCAUCUGGCCAGGUCUGUCGUCAUCAGUGCAGUUGACUGCAACAUGGAGGAUGUCCAGCCCAACGAACUGCGUCUGUCUCGAAAGGGUUCUGCAAGGGUUCCCACAGUUCGCAGCAGUUACAGGGGAACUCCUUGGAGGGGAUACCAUGGAAGGAGACAAACGCAACGCACCUCGGAAAGCAAUUCUCCGAAGGAAUCGCGGUCCAGGGAUGGUCCUGCUUCUUCCCGGAAGCACCUGGCCCAACAUCCGCCUCGGGUGCCAUCACGCGAGACACACGCUCAUUGGCAGGAUGUCGCUGGUUCAACUUACCAUGCCGAUAUUGCCGCUCAUUUCGAGCAAUUAUCUAGGAGAGUCAAAACAAGUACCAUCAGUGCAUCCCCGCUUAGUUGUCAGCAAGGUUUUUCGAGCCUUGGAAAGCCGAGAAGAAACUCUAAACAAUUGGAUGUCAUCAUCAAUCCCUCGCCGGAGUGCCACAGUGGAGCCCCAGGCUCUCAGCAGGCAUGCAAGGAGUGGUUCACGAAGAAACAGACACAAUGCAUCCAGCGUGAUCUUGGGUCAUUGGUUAAUGGUUCCAAGUGCGUAGUCUCCGAUCCGAACACGAUUUUCUCAUGUGAGAAUAGUAACCGGAUUUGCAGUCGUAUGCAAGGUUGUUGCCUUUCCAAAGUGUCGCAGUGGAUGUUCUGAUGUUCCCGUCACAGACCACAGUUUACGUCGAUCGAUCAUUCACGUUCCAGCCCAUGGAUCCGACAGGAAUAACCAUUUCAAUGAAGAACAUAGUCAUCCAGCCGUAUACUUACCACCAAAGAUUCAACCGAGACAUUGUCCACCGGAAGCUGUCAAGUCCUAACGUGGUUGAGCCAGAAGUGGUCGCCCCCGUAGACAUGCCUUCCCCUUCACCGAAUCUAAUCCUUGCUGCCGAAUCUGAACAACUUCAUGAAGGACGCUUCUACCAGGUUCCCUAUGUGGAUGGUCGUCAGA